CUUUCAAAUUUCAACAAACACCACAUCAUAAAAUCAUAUCCAUUUCUAUUCUGCAGUUUUAGUAUAAUUUUUUUCAUUCCCAUCCUCAAAUAUAAUAAAUGUGUUUGAUUUUAUCUUCUUUUUCCAUCUCCUAGUUCAUGGGACCCAGAUCUAAAUAUAUUUCUUCAGGACCUUUCCCCACCACAUACAUAUAUACUUGUGUCUGUCUUUAAGCUUUCUUCUUCUUCUUCUUCUUUGAAGAGAGAGAGAGAGAGAAAAUCUCAGUUUCUUUCAACGGCGACACAACACAGAAACUAUUUUUCUUUCAAUAGACGUUAGGUUGACGAGAAAUAUACUCUCUAGAGAAAAGAAAACAAUAUAUUCACCGAGCUGACUAGAAGAAAAAUUAAAGCUUUUUUUCUUUUCUUUUUCCGUUUUCCAUUAGAACUUUUUUGGUAUUGAGGGUUGAGAAAUGGGUGAAUCUGCAGUUUUGGUUCAUUCGUAUUCGUUUGCUGCUCCUAUUACCCGUAACGAUUCUCAUCAGGACAAUACGUUACAUGCGUUAAGCGAAUCGAUUUCAUUUGGGAAAUUUAUGACAGAGAAUCUUGAAUGGGGGAAAUGGUCAAGCUUUUCACAUAAGAAGUAUGUUGAAGAAGCUGAGAAAUACUCUCGUCCUGGAUCCGUCGCACAGAAGAAAGCUUUCUUUGAAGCUCAUUACAAGAGAAUAGCCGAAGCCAAGAAAGCUGCAACUGAAGAACAGCCGACGGUCACACCUGCUGAGGUUUUGCUUCAUACUUUGGAAACACAGCCUCCUCCUCCUCCUCCUCCGGUGAUCAAGUAUCAGCUAGAAGAGGUUAAUGAUGAUGAUGAAGAAGGACCCGAAAGAAACAGAUUUCAGAUUGAUGAUCGUGUUGUUUCGGAUAACAAGCCCGUGGUUGGUGGUGAUGAUGAUAAGGAGGUUAAGAAGCAAGAGGAAGAGUUGUUGAAAGAGGAUUGGUCUGUUGGUGAAAAGGAGAAGCAGAGGAAAUCGAUUACAAAGAACAGACCGGUGUUUAGAUUGUCUCUAGAGAAAACUAUCCCUCACAAAUCUUUUGAUGAGAUCACUUUAACAGAGAAAAGAAGCGAAAGACCAAUAACUCAGAUUCAAGAAAAGCCGGUUCACCGCCAGAGAUUUAGUCUCUUGAGCUGUUUUAAGGGUAAUGCUAAAACUCAAGAUCAGAACCAGAGCAGGAAAACGAGAAAGACGGAGAAGAAGAAGCAGUUUAUGUGUCUUUGUUUGAAGGCAAAGACUGUAAGAGAAUAAUCAUAAGAAAGGUGAAAGAAAGCUUAAAGAACACACAGCUUUGGAAAACGUUUACACAGUCUGCAAAGGGCUGAUGGGAGGAAUAAAAAAGAUCGAUUUUCGAGUCACAUACUCGAUGGUUUCGAUCAAGCUUUUAGUGAUAAAACCGCAACAUUUUCGUUACGUAGAUGGCACCGAUUAUGUUCUUUUCUCACCAGUUUGGAAAAGAGUCUGAGUGCAAAUAGGAAGAAGAAAAAAAAAAAAAAAAACUGGAAAUAGCUUCCUUUGUUUUGUUCUCUUUGAAUCUUUGUUAUCUGUCUUAUUACUAUGUAAUGAAAGAACACAUCUAGUUUCUUGA